GACAACUACAUCAGCAGAUGCCUGGUGAGAAGAGAGAAAACCGAAAAGACUGAAGUGAGCACAGCAGAGGGUGGAGAGAGACGGGCUUUGGAGAGCCGACAAGUGAAACAUGUCGGCCAAGGCGAUCUCGGAGCAGACUGGAAAGGAACUCCUCUACAAGUACAUCUGCACCUCUGCAGCAGUUCAGAACCGCUUCCAUUAUGCAAACGUGACAGCCAGUACAGACUGGGACCGUCUAAUUCAGGAUCAUCCAUGGCUCCAGACACAGAAGCUUGUGGUAAAGCCAGACCAGCUUAUUAAGCGCCGUGGGAAGCUGGGCCUAAUUGGAGUGAACCUUGGCCCUCAGGAGGUGAGGGAAUGGGUCAUGGCACGGAUGCUGAAGGAGACCACGGUGGGAAAGGCUAAAGGCAUCCUGAAGAACUUCCUCAUCGAGCCAUUUGUUGCCCACGCACAGAAAGAAGAGUUCUAUGUUUGUAUUUAUGCUGCACGUGAGGGGGACUAUGUGCUCUUCCAUCACGAAGGCGGGGUGGACAUUGGUGACGUGGACUCCAAAGCCUUGAAAUUUCUGGUGGGUGUGGAUGAGAAGCUUACAGAGGCCGACGUGAAGCAGCACUUGUUGGCCCAUGUGCCAGAAGAGAAGAAAGAGGUCCUUGCUAGCUUUGUGGUUGGCUUAUUCAACUUGUAUGAAGAUUUGUAUUUUACCUACCUGGAGAUCAACCCUUUGGUGGUCACCAAAAAUGGAGUUUACGUACUCGACAUGGCAGCUAAGAUCGACGCCACUGCUGACUACAUCUGCAAAGCUAAAUGGGGAGACCUGGAAUUCCCUCCUCCAUUUGGAAGAGAAGCAUAUCCGGAGGAAGCCUACAUUGCUGAUCUGGAUGCUAAGAGUGGAGCCAGCCUCAAACUGACCAUCCUCAACCCUAGAGGUCGCAUCUGGACCAUGGUGGCUGGUGGCGGAGCCUCUGUUGUAUACAGUGACACCAUCUGUGAUCUGGGAGGGGUAAAUGAGCUGGCGAAUUAUGGAGAAUACUCCGGCGCACCCAGUGAGCAACAGACCUAUGACUACGCCAAAACCAUCCUGUCCCUAAUGACUCGGGAGAAACAUAAUGAUGGGAAGGUCCUAAUCAUCGGUGGCAGCAUAGCCAACUUUACCAAUGUGGCAGCCACAUUUAAGGGUAUAGUGAGAGCAAUCAAGGAUUACCAGACACCACUGAAGGAGCAUGAGGUGACAAUAUUUGUCCGAAGGGGUGGCCCCAACUACCAGGAAGGCCUGCGGGUCAUGGGAGAAGUUGGCAAGACUACUGGGAUUCCCAUUCACGUGUUUGGCACUGAGACUCACAUGACUGCCAUUGUGGGAAUGGCACUCGGCCACAGGCCAAUACCCAACCAGCCCCCUACUGCUGCUCACACAGCCAACUUUCUGCUCAACUCUAGUGGCAGCGUCUCCACACCAGCUACAAGCAGGACAGCUUCUUUUUCUGAGACCAAGGCCAACAGCGAUUCAACUCCAGCCAAAAAGGCCAAGCAUGGCAUUCCAGCAGACCUCCCCACAGCUACAACUAGCAUUCCAGCCAAAGCCACCACUUUGUUCAGUAACCACACCAAGUCCAUCGUUUGGGGCAUGCAGACGAGGGCGGUGCAGGGUAUGCUGGAUUUUGAUUACAUCUGCUCAAGAGACGAACCCUCUGUGGCAGCGAUGGUCUACCCAUUCACAGGGGAUCAUAAACAGAAGUUUUACUGGGGCCACAAGGAAAUCCUAAUUCCAGUGUACAAGAGUAUGAGUGAUGCCAUGAAGAAGCACCCAGAGGUAGACGUGCUUAUCAACUUUGCGUCUCUGCGCUCGGCUUAUGAUAGCAGCAUGGAGACAAUGCAGUUCCCCCAGAUUCACACCAUAGCCAUUAUUGCUGAGGGCAUACCAGAGGCACUGACCAGGAAGCUGAUCAAGACGGCAGAUGAGAAGGGUGUGACCGUCAUUGGCCCUGCUACCGUUGGUGGCAUCAAGCCAGGCUGCUUCAAGAUUGGCAACACAGGAGGCAUGCUGGAUAACAUCCUGGCAUCAAAGUUGUAUCGUCCAGGCAGUGUGGCCUAUGUGUCCCGUUCUGGUGGCAUGUCAAAUGAGCUGAACAAUAUCAUUUCCAGGACCACUGAUGGUGUAUUUGAGGGGGUUGCCAUUGGGGGAGACAGGUAUCCUGGUUCUACCUUUAUGGACCAUGUGCUUCGCUAUCAGGACACACCAGGUGUGAAGAUGAUUGUCGUUUUGGGUGAGAUUGGAGGGUGUGAGGAAUACAAGAUCUGCCAGGGGGUCAAAGAGGGUAGAAUCACCAAGCCAGUAGUGUGCUGGUGUAUCGGCACCUGUGCGACCAUGUUCUCUUCAGAGGUUCAGUUUGGUCAUGCAGGGGCUUGUGCUAAUCAGGCCUCAGAGACUGCAGUUGCCAAGAAUCAAGCACUGCGUGAAGCUGGCAUUUACGUUCCACGGAGUUUUGAUGAGCUGGGUGAUGUUAUUAAAUCUGUCUAUGAUGAGUUGGUGACAAACGGAGUGAUUGUACCUGCUGAAGAAGUUCCUCCACCUACUGUGCCGAUGGAUUACUCAUGGGCUCGGGAACUAGGACUAAUUAGAAAGCCGGCAUCUUUCAUGACGAGCAUCUGUGAUGAGCGAGGUCAAGAGCUUAUUUAUGCAGGCAUGCCCAUCACAGAGGUCUUCAAGGAGGAGAUUGGUAUCGGCGGAGUGCUGGGAUUACUCUGGUUCCAGAGGAGACUACCAAAGUAUGCCUGCCAGUUCAUUGAGAUGUGUCUCAUGGUGACAGCAGACCAUGGCCCUGCUGUUUCAGGAGCACACAACACCAUUGUCUGUGCCCGAGCUGGAAAAGACCUGAUCUCGAGCCUUACCUCUGGCUUGCUGACCAUCGGUGACCGCUUUGGAGGUGCACUGGACGCUGCGGCAAAACAGUUCAGCAAGGCCUUUGACAGCAGCCUCAUUCCCAUGGAGUUUGUGAACAAGAUGAAAAAAGAAGGAAAGCUGAUCAUGGGCAUUGGCCAUCGAGUCAAAUCUAUUAACAACCCUGACAUGAGGGUUCAGAUUCUGAAGGAUUUUGUAAAACAGAACUUCCCAGCCACCCCACUUCUGGACUAUGCACUUGACGUGGAAAAGAUCACCACAUCCAAGAAACCAAAUCUCAUCCUGAAUGUGGACGGCUUCAUUGGUGUUGCCUUUGUGGAUCUGCUGAGGACUUGUGGUGGCUUCACCAGGGAGGAGGCAGAUGAGUACGUAGACAUUGGCGCCUUGAAUGGUAUCUUUGUCCUCGGGAGGAGCAUGGGGUUCAUUGGGCACUAUCUGGACCAGAAGAGGCUGAAGCAGGGCUUGUACCGCCACCCGUGGGAUGACAUCUCCUAUGUCCUCCCAGAGCACAUGACCAUGUAGCCAGCUCAUCAACUGUUUCCUCUGUACUGACGUACAUAUGAAGAUCAGGGGGUUUCUAUGAGGGGGGGGGAGACAGGGUGCAAAAGGGUACAGCUUGGGUUUUUGGUGGCAGAGAAAGUGCUGUGAUGACCCCCGUGUGGUCAGAGCAGCCAGCAGAGAUGGAGUGAUGAUUUGUUUUUUCCAUUCUUGGCCCUGGUCCUCCUGCGUUGUUAGGAGUCGGUGCAGGUCCCAGUUGCCUCCUGUGCUCCCUUGUGCUUACCCUCAUCGGACCUUUGCACUGUGUUGCUGUAGAAGACGAGAAUUAGUUCUUUAAUGCCAAGCUUCUAGAUUCCAUGGAGGCAAUAAGUGCUCCCCAGUUUCUUGUGGUCUGUGCAGACUUCUCAAAGGGAGCAGCCUGUCAUGCUUCCUGCCUGUCGACCUGUGUAUGUGUCCUGCAGCCGUGUCACACGUAAGGUCCACUCUGUCGCUAAGGACAAUGUCGCUCGAGCAGAUGUCCAGCUGGGGAGGAGCUCCGGUUUCUGUCUCUCUUUUAUUUUUUAAUUUGUUUUUUUCAGCCCUCCUCCAUCCUCCCAGCCGCUGCCCACCUUCAUCUUUGUUCUGUUUGAUGUGAAGUCUGCACACUGUGCUGUAAUGGAAAUGUUCUGUCAUGUUGUAGUUUAAAUUAAAUAAAGUCCUAACCACUAACA